AUGUUUAACUUUAACAAGACCAAACAAUUGACAAUUCUUCCUCGCAAUUCUGACUUUAUGAAGACAUUUGAAGGGAAUGCUGAUCACUGCGAUUUAAAUUAUCAUUCUAUUCAGACAAGACCUGUCAAGAAAAGCCGUUUUGUCUUGAUCAAAAAACCAAUAUACAUGGAAGAAGAGGAAACUUUGCUGGUCCUGAAAAAGUAUUUUGUUGAUGAGAUGACAAUGGCGGAAGCAGGAAAAAGUGUAGAUAUGCCAAGAUCAACAGCCGGCCGGGUGAUAAGACAUAUAAAAAGUAGAUUAAACCUACUAGCUAGAAGAUUCCGUAUGCACAAGUAUGCCAGUUUAGAAGAAUAUGAAAAAACACUAUGCAAAUAUGUCAAAACUAUGCUUUUACAAGAAAAACUAUGA